GGCACUUGCUAUAAAAAUUGCUUAUUGUUAUUCAAUCUGAGUAAGAUUGUUCUCUGAUCCACUCUCCGAUUUCUAGGCUUCUUGAUUUGGUGUUGAAAAGAAAGGGGACAAUGAGUACUUUGAUAGCUGCAGAAAGGUCCGUACGUCCAAUGAAUGGGGGAGAUGGCCACUACAGCUAUAGCAAAAACUCAGCGCUUCAGAGAAAUGGUAUAGAAGCUUGUAAAGAAAUAAUCACCAAGGCAAUAUCAGCGAAGCUUGACAUGGAGACUUUAACUUCUUCUAAGAUCUUUAAAAUCGCUGACUUGGGUUGCUCAGUUGGACCAAAUACACUCAUAGCAGUGGAAAACAUAAUAGAAGCCUUGGAACUCAAGUUUAACAGCCAACAAAAAGGAAGUACCUGUUGUGACCUUCUUCCUGAGUUCCAAGUGUUCUUCAAUGAUCAAGCAACAAAUGAUUUCAACCAGCUUUUCAUUUCUCUUCCUCCUAAAACAAAAUACUUCGCAGCUGGGGUGCCUGGAUCUUUCCAUGGCCGUCUCUUUCCCGAAGCUUCUCUCCAUUUUGUUCACUCUUCCUAUGCUCUUCACUGGCUCUCAGAAGUGCCACCUCAGGUUUUGGACAAAAGCUCUCCUGCUUGGAACAAAGGGAGAAUUCACUAUUCCAAUUCUAACAGUGAAGUUGUCAAGGCUUUUAGAGCUCAGUAUGCUAAAGACUUGGACAACUUUCUAAAUGUUAGAGCGCAAGAGAUUGUCCAUGGAGGAUUAUUGGCUCUUAUUGUCUCCGGUCGCACAAAUGGAACACCUCAUUCUCAAACUUAUAUUAACAAGGCAUAUGAACUGCUUGAGUCUUCCAUUAUCGACAUGGCAAAGAAGGGUAAGAUCAGCAAAGAAAAAGUAGAUUCCUUUAAUACACCGGUGUAUUUUGGAUCACUGGAAGAAAUGGAGGAAGUUGUGAAACAUAAUGAGUUUUUUAGUAUAGAGGUAAUGGAAGACCUUCCUUGCGAAAAGCAACCACCCAAAUUGCUAUCGAUGACCUAUAGAGCUGGACUUGAAGGAAUCAUAAAAGAUCAUUUUGGAGAUGAUGUUGAUAUAGAAGAGAUGUUUGAUUUACUACUAUAUAAGAAGCUAGAAGAAUCGUCCUCUAUAAUUGAAUCAUGUGACUUUGUUAGCCUCUUUGUUUUACUCAAACGAGCACCAAGCGGCCGGGCUGUGACUAGCUAUUGAAAACGAACAGCAAAUCUUAAUAUAAAAUGUAGUAUCAUGCUAUGCUAAUAACUACUUAUACAUCCUUUUUAUUUUCUAUAGUACACAAAUAUUAAUUAUUUCACAAAAUAAUAUAAAAAUACUCAUUAAAUUUAGUCGUGAUCAAAUUUAUUCAACCAAGACA